AUGGCUCAACUUGUCGAACUUGGUACUCAAUCUUUCACGGCCAGUCGUCUAGGAGGACAAUGCUUGGUGUCCAGAGCCACCGCAACCUUGAUACGCGGUGAUGAUUCGAAUGCUACGGGGCUGAUAGAUGACAAACUAGACUUUCGAAAUGCUUGGAUUACUUUAAAGCAGGAACUCAUCGUGGACCUAUACAUCGAAGCAUACUCAGACCCAGUCAUGCCUGUUCCCGAUUUUAUCAAGCAAGCUGUCGAAACAGUGAAGUCUUCAUUGAUCAAACAAAUCAAUGAUAUCGCUCUUCACGUUUCUGCCGUCUUGCGCAAAGUACCCGAUCUGUCGCCUCCAAUCCUCCCUAGACGGCUGCCUCGCAGGGUAAAAGAAUGCGUAGCUGAACCUCAUGCACCACUGGGAGCUGAUAGGGCAACGUUAUCGCAUAUUACCAUAUAUAUGAAGACUCUCGGAAAUACUCAAUACCCAACUCCAGGGGUCAAGUGUAUCCAGCACUCGAACUGUCUCUCAAAACACGAGACGAGAAAAUCAGGGAUAAAAUACACAGAUUUGAACGAGAUGGUAGACUGUUCGCUCCAGUAUCUUGUGAAUGGAUAUUCGCAGCAGUACAAGGGUCUAGUCAAUAAGCCGACAACUAAAGAGGGACCUAGUUUAUCGGAUGUAGCUCCUGCUUCCUUCAAACCAGGCCACUAUGAGAAUGUGCACCAGAGAGCUGGACUCAUACCGGUGGUGUCCAGAUCGAUGGCGGGGAUAUUUCGGACAUGUCAAUCCCCCAGCGCAAAGGAGAAGCUUAGCUUCGUUAAAACAAAGCUAAGGACACAAUAUGGGAACAGUACAGAUACAGAAAGUACGGACAUGGGGCAUCUUCCCCGGUCAUUGAUUAAAUGUGUCGUCUGGACAGCACUUCAAAGGGGGACAUACAAAGUUGUAUGGCAGAAAAGUUCCAUCCACGAAGACUCGGAUACAAUCCUACCCAGCGAUGACGGCUUGCUGACUGAGGACUCUGACCUACAUGACGACUGCGACAGACAAAUGCUGAACUCAAGUAUAAGUUCAGAAAUUGGUUCAGAUGACAUGUUGUCACAUUGUGAUGAUGAUAUUGAACCUGACUCUGGUUACUCCAGCUUUUCGUCACUAGAAAAACUGUUUCCAGGCUUUGUGGGCCUUGAUGGUCUCUAUGGCGAGGUGCAUGAUACCAUCAACGGAGAAUCGGCGAUAGACGAUGGUAAAUCCGAUCUCAUUGCACGGCCAGAUACAGAAGAAAAAGACAUUAUCAGGUCUUCCUCACCUCCGCCCGCAGCAGCUGCCAUGGUUGGAUAUGAGGAUGUGACAACCUGUUUACUUUUGUCCUCAGAAGAAUUUGAUCAAGAUGAUCUUGAUGUAUGCAGAGAACAAUAUGACGAGGAUAUGAUGGACGACUCAUCCUGCAUGUCCUUUAUAACGUCUUCCACGUAUCAAUAUAUAUCAGAAGAUUUGAAACGAGAAACGGAGGCUGAAUCGGAGCAUGAUGAAACGGAAUCUAUCAACGACUAUUUGAUGCAUACGUCGAGUGCAAAUGUACCAGUAUAG